UUGAAGCCGUUGCCCGCCCUCCCGCCGCUGGUUGCCAUGGCAGCGCGGCCUGCGGCGGCGGCGGGCGCGAUGGCGUCUGGGCCGUGGGCCGUGGGGCUGGCGGCGGAGGCGGAGGAGCGCAGCGAGCGGAGGCGGGUCGGCGGGCUGAGGGCCGCGCUGGAGCGGGAGCGGCGGCUGGAGGAGGCCCUGCGGCGGGUAGAGGAGGACAGAAACCGGAGGGAGCUGCAGCUGGAGCGGGAGGAGCGGCUGGCGGCUGAGCUGGCGAGGCUGAGCCAUGAGAAACUUAAAGACGAAAAGAUGAGGCAACAAGUGAGAGAGAACAGUCUUGAACUUCGAGAGUUAGAAAAAAAGCUAAAAUCCGCUUAUAUGAAUAAAGAGCGAGCUGCACAGAUCGCUGAAAAAGAAGCUAUGCGGUAUGAGAAAAUGAAACAGGAGGGUGAAAUAGCCCAAAAGAUGAAGGAGGAGUACGAAAGGCUAAUCAAAGAAGAAAGUUCUGCAGAACUGAGGCGACACAAGGAGAAGAUAGCGUAUCAGCAAGAACUGGAGAAACAGCUUGAGGAAAAAGAGAGGAAGAAGCAGGAUGCUUACGAAGAGUUUCUAAGAGAGAGAGUCAUGAUUGAUGAAAUUGUAAGAAAGGUCUAUGAGGAAGACCAAAUGGAAAAACAAUUGAAGCUAGAUAAAAUGAGAGCAACUCAGACAUACAUUGAAGAAUUUAAAAAAGAACAAGCUACCUGGAGGAGAAGGAAAGAGGAAGAGAUGGAAGAAGAAAAUAGGAGAAUUAUGGAGUUUGCCAGCAUUCAGCAACAAAGAGAAGAAGAUCGGAUGGCUAAAGUUCGAGACACCGAGGAGAAAAAGCAAAGGCUUCAAAGCAUGAUUGCCCAGAACCUGGAAAGAGAACAACAGAAGCGUGAAGAACUGGAACAGAUCCGCCAAGAGCUGUAUCUGGAAGAACAAGCGGAGACAGAAAGGAAGAAGGAGAUGGCAGAAAUCGAAAAGCGAGUAAGGCAACGCUUAGACUUAAGGCAAACAUACGAAGAGCAACUGGCGUUAAAGAAGCUGGUGCGACAAGCUGUGCGAGAAGAGGAAGAAGCCUUCAGACAACAGAUGUUGGCCAAGUUUGCAGAGGACGAUCGCAUUGAACAGAUGAAUGCUCAGAAACGAAGAAUGAAACAGCUUGAACACAGAAGGGCUGUGGAAAAAGUUAUCGAAGACCGUCGCAAACAGUUUAUUGCAGAUAAAAAGCGUGAACUCGAAGCAAGACAGACAGAGGAGAGAAGACAAGAAGGCAUCCAUGCAAUUGUUGAAGAAGAGAGACAGAAACUCCUGAGAGAGCAUGCGUCUAAAUUACUGGGUUAUCUUCCUCGAGGAAUACUCAGAGACGAAGAUGAUGUCAACAUGCUUGGAGAGGAAUUUAGACUGGCUUACCAGAAGAGAAGAGGUAAUGCUUUUUCAGAAGAGAGCUGAAAUUUCCUGCAUCUCAUCUCCUCCUUUGCCACAAGGUGUCAUCUGAUUUCUAAGGAAAAUUUCCAUAUGUUCUUAACGGUGAGGAACUCCUUGUUAAUAUCAUUAAAAUCUCCAUUUUAAGACUGGACUGCUAAACUGAUGAGCAGUUAGUUUUCUUUAAGUGUAUGUUGUCCUUGUGUUUUCAUCAAUAAACUCUUGUGGAGUUCUCAA